UCUCCGUGACGUCACGGCCUUCCGCUGCUGCCUCUCCUCUGCCUCCUCCUCCUCCUCUUCGGCUUCCUUCCUUCCUUCCGUCCUUCCUUCCUUCCUUUUCCUUCCUCCUUCUGGUGAGGCAGUCCGCCCAGGAUGGGGGUCCGGGACCCCCGGGGUCCGCCUUGGCGCCUCCUGCUCCUCCUGCUCCUCCGCGGGAUCCUGGCCUGGAUCAGCCUCGGCCGCCCCGCCGCCGAGGGUCUCUUUGUGACGGACUACUUCACCCGCACGCCCCGGAAGCUGAACCCCUUCCGCUCCUUCACCAGCAUCGAGCUCUUCCACUUCCGCAUCCCCGAGGACACCGUGGUGGCCGUCUGGAACCUCAUCACCUUCAAGGAGCAGGGCGGCACCUUCGGGGACCACUGUCCGGACAGGAGCAUCACCGUGUAUUUCCGCUCGGGGGCUCCGCCGGUCAUCAACCCCCUGCGCACCCACUUCCCCGGGGAGACGGCCGUGCCGGGCUCCUUCGCCCUGACCCUCACCUGGACGCUGCCCAACCGGACCACGGGGGUCUUCAACAUCACCAGCCCACUGCCUGGCGACUGGUUCCUGGCCGCCCACCUGCCCAAGGAACAGGGCAAGAUCUCCGUCAAGGGCCUGGCCAAGGACUGCCAGUACCUCUUCCAGCCGCAGCUGAUCGUCCAGCGCCUGCUGGGCAUCGGCGUCCUGUACCCGGGAUACGUGACCGAGCACCUCCUCUCCCCACACAACCGCUCCCUCCUCUACAAAUUCUUUGUGCCCAGCCACACCUUCCAGGUGCAGGUGCAGGUGCGCAACUGCCGCCCGUCCGUCCCAAGUGGGGAGGGCUGCCCGCUGUGGCUGAAGCUGCGUGGCAAGGCCCCCCCGCUGCACAACGCCUCCUCCGCCGUGGACUGCCGGGCCGGGCGCCCCCCCUGCCGCCUCAUCCUGGAUCUGCCCUUCUGGCAGAGCUGGUACUUCCUGCUCCUGGAGAGGCUCCCCGGCCACACUGCCAACCUCAGCUUCCAGCUCGUGGUCCAGCUCAAAGACUGUUCCCGGACGGGGCUGAGCCGGACCCCCUCCCAGUCGCCGGGCUCCAACCUGAACAUGCCGCACUCCUUUGGCUCCGUGGGGGGGCUGGCCAUUGCGGACACCUUGACCCCCUCCCCCUACAAUGGCACGCAGACCCCCCCUCCGGCCGCCCUCUCGGUCCCGGCACCCGGUGAGCGCUGCUGGCCCAUCCGGCCCACCUUGCGGAACGAGCUGGACACCUUCUCCGUCCACUUCUACAUCUUCUUCGGGCCCAACGUCUCGGUGCCCCCCGACCGUCCGGCCAUCUUCGCCAUCCACCUCCUGCCGGUGCUGGACAGCGGGGGCAUCCUCAACCUGGAGCUCAGGCUGAACGUGUCCUCUCUGAGAGGGGAGAACGCCACGGUCUUUGCCUGCUUGAACCACGAAGUCCCCUUGGCCUCCGAAGAGAACUCCUCCGUCACCUGCGAGACAGAGCACCUGGCGGGGUUCCUGCUCUCCCUCAACGCCACGGUGCCCCUGGCCCGCCUGCGCAUCCCUUACCCACAGACAGGAAGCUGGUACCUGAGCCUCCGCUCCCUCUGCAACACAGACCGGGGGCUGGAGCCGUGUGGCAACAUGACGGCCGAGGUGUACCUGCGCACGUACCUCUCGCCCUGCAUCAACGACUGCGGCCCCUUCGGACAGUGCAAGCUCAUGCGCACCAACAACUACCUGUAUGCGGCCUGCGAGUGCAAAGCCGGCUGGAGCGGCUGGGGCUGCACGGACAACGCGGACGCCUUCUCCUACGGCUUCCAGCUGCUCUCCACGCUGCUCCUCUGCCUCAGCAACCUCAUGUUCGUCCCUCCCGUGGCCAUCGCCCUGCGGAGCAACUACCUCUUGGAAGCCGCCGUCUACAUCUUCACCAUGUUCUUCUCCACGUUCUACCAUGCCUGCGACCAGCCCGGCAUCGUGGUCUUCUGCAUCAUGGACUACGAUGUGCUGCAGUUCUGUGACUUCCUGGGGUCCCUCAUGUCCGUCUGGGUGACCGUCAUCGCUAUGGCCAGACUCCAGCCGGUCAUCAAGCAGGUGCUGUACCUGUUGGGUGCCAUGCUGCUCUCCAUGGCGCUGCAGCUGGACCGCCACGGCCUCUGGAACCUGCUGGGACCCAGCCUCUUCGCCUUGGGGAUCAUGGCCAUCGCCUGGACGGCCCGCAGCAUCCGCCGCCGGCACUGCUACCCGCCCACCUGGCAGCGCUGGCUCUUCUACCUGCUUCCCGGCGCCCUGAUCGCGGCCUCGGCCGUCCUGCUCUAUGCCUUCGUCGAGACCGAGGAGAACUACUUCUACAUCCACAGCAUCUGGCACAUGCUGAUCGCCGGCAGCGUGGGCUUCCUGCUCCCCCCGCGGGCCAAGGCCGAGGCCGCCUCGGGUGGGGGUCCCCUGGCCGGCCCGUUGCCCCCUCCCCGCCGGAAGGGCUGCGGCUACCAGCUUUGCAUCAACGAACAGGAGGAGCUGGGCCUGGUGGACCCCGGGGCCGGUGUCUCCGUCACCAGCGUCUGCACCAGCUGAUGGCCGGCGGAGGGGCUGCGGGGGACUCUGGGCGGAUUCUGGCAGGGGCCACGGCCACAAGCCCCUGCGGCCGGAGACACAGCCGCUGCCGGACUCUCCGUGCCCUUCU